GGUGAUAGCAAGCGUGAAAUUGACACAAAAGGAAAACAACAACACGUGCAUGAUUAUUAUGUUUCAAAAGCAAAAGAAAUGGGAAAGAACAAGUUUAAACGACAACCAGGAGCUUCUUUAGAUGACAGAAGGAAAGUUUUAAGAGAAGCAAGAAAACAAUUUGCUGCAGAAUCUGCUAAAACAAAAACAUCUCCCCAGUACAGUGUUGAUCAACUUCUUGAUAAGGCAGAGGAUUGUAUAAACAGAUUUGAGUAUGAACUUGCUCAGAAAUUUUGUCAGCGAGCCUUAGAAAUAGAGGCAGAUAAUAUCAGAGCUCUUGAAACUACUGGAACUUUACUUUUGGAACUAGGAAAUCCAGAAUCAGCUAAACAGUGUUUUGGGAGAGUAGUAGAGAUAUCGCCAGACAAAGGACAUGAGAAAUAUAUGUACCUAGGCCAGUUGUUUGAAGGAGCUCAGGCAGUAGAAUGUUACCAGAAAGGGAUAGAGUUAAUGUUGAAAGAGAAGGAAAAACAACAAGCAUUAGAGGUAGCAGCAGCUUGUGGUGGUCCCCAGAGUGUGACAGACAGUGAUAUUUCUGGUGCAUACUCGGCUAUAGCUGAACUUUAUAUGACAGAUCUGUGCUUUGAAGAAGAAGCAGAGUCCAAAUGCAAAACAUUUAUAGAAAAGGCAAUAGAUAUAGAUAAAGAAAAUCCUGAGGGAUAUCAGUUGAUGGCAAGUUUCCUGUUGUCAAAAGAAGACAAAGAGAAUGCCAAAGAUGUUAUGAAAAAGAGUGUAUCAUUAUGGUUACCAAAGUUCAAGGCAUUAGAUAAAGGUGAAGUGACGGAGCAAGAAAAUAAUGACCCUGUAGAAGCAGUUCCUUUAGGAUAUGAUACCAGAAUUUCAACCACCAAAAUACUGAUAGAAGUUGAUGAAUAUGAAACAGCAAUAGAUGUAGCUGAAGGCUUAUUAGAUGAAAAUGAUGAAGUACCACAAGUAUGGUAUCUUAUUGGGUGGGCAAACUUUUCAAUGGGAGAAGACUAUAAAAGCAAUGCCAGGUUUUAUCUGGAAAAGUGUAAAAAGCUUUGUGCCAAAUUAAAAUAUGAAGAUGAAGAAUUGUUGAAACAUGUGGAUGAGCUGUUGUCUGAAAUUGGACCAGGUGACGAAGAGGAAGAAGAUGAAGGAAAGAAUGAGCAAGAAGAAUUAGAGAUUGAAAGUGAUUCAGAUGAAGAUAAAAUGGAACAUUAACAUCAACAUUUGUAUGGAAUAGAUGACUUGACUGGAUGCAGUUGUGUAAAAAUUAGAGAAACAUUCUAAGAAGUAUCAUAAAUGAUUUACAGUCAUAUUAUAACUACUUUUUUUGUUGCUGAUAAUUUUAUUAGUUAUGUAAUAUUAAAGAUGUGAACAAA